UUCUGAAGCAGGGAACUGGUCGCGGAGGAACUCACGCUUCUUCGGCUUUGGAUUAUUGUAUUUCUGAACAUAAUCACCGUCAGGGAGUUAGCCUACAUGGUAUCGUCUUAGACAGUACUUAACCAGUAGUUAAUGUUUUUUUUUUCGUCUGGUUGCCCAAAAUCUAAAGAAAUGUAGCCCGUUUUCUUAGAAUGAACCAGCGUUGUGAUUCUUAAGAGAAGUUUUAAUGCAGGACGAAGUUUUUGUUGUUUUUGAUGGUGUUUUUAAUCCACAUUGGAGGAUUGUGCCAGUGUGUAAACGGGAGAUCCAAUGUUUUCUCUCGCAUUCAUGUAACACUUAACUACGCGGUUUUCGCUAAGGAUCAAGAUACCAAGAGAAGACGACUUGAAAGUAAUUUGAUUUUCGUAAAUGGAUCGCCAUUCCAGUUUCAUUUCCAUUUGGCUUCAGUUGGAAAUUUGUGCCAUGGCUGUUCUUCUAACAAAAGGAGAAAUACGGUGUUACUGUGAUGCGCCGCACUGCGUGGCUACCGGCUACAUGUGCAAAUCGGAACUGAACGCUUGCUUCACCAAGGUCUUGGACCCUCAGAACACGAACUCUCCUCUCACCCACGGGUGUUUCGACCCCACGGUGACCUCGGCUGACAUGUGCAGCUCGAAGUCCACAGAUCGGACAGGGGGUUCCUCCGCGCUGGAGUGCUGUCACGAAGAUAUGUGCAAUUACCGAGGCCUCCACGAUCUCGCGCAGAGCAGAGGAGACUCCUCAGACCAGGGCGGCAGGUACCAGCCGGAGAACAGCCGGAAUCUCAUCACCCGGGUGCAGGACCUGGCGUCGGCCAAGGAGGUGUGGUUCCGGGCGGCGGUGAUCGCGGUGCCCAUCGCCGGCGGGCUGAUCCUGGUGCUGCUGAUCAUGCUGGCCCUGCGCAUGCUGCGUAGCGAGAACAGGCGUCUGCGGGACCAGCGGCAGCAGAUGCUCUCCCGGCUGCACUACAGCUUCCACGGCCACCACGCCAAGAAGGGCCACCUGGCCAAGCUGGACCUGGAGUGCAUGGUGCCUGUGACGGGCCAUGAGAACUGCUGCCUGACCUGCGACAAGAUGCGGCAGGCCGACCUGGGCGCCAACGACAAGAUCCUCUCGCUGGUGCACUGGGGGAUGUACAGCGGGCACGGCAAGCUGGAGUUCGUAUGAUCCACCCUCCUGGGGGGGGAAAAACUGAGAUGAGACUCGCUCUGUGGAGAGAGGAAGGGGGGGUGUUUUCUUCUACCCGCCUUUCCCUUCUUUUUUGACGUUGAUUCCAUUGAAUUCUAAAUGCGUUUUAAAAUGGGAAAAAGACAGAACGAGGGCAAGCCUUGCGGUUUUUGCUAAGGAGCACUUUACUUGAAAUAAAAGCCGAAUCAACGCGGAGCUGUCGUUAAAACUUGAGAG